AAUAUUAUUUGUCACAGCUUCAUCUGUGUGUGGUCGUCCGUAUCAACUUAGCGUAUGCUAAAACACGAUGUGCGGCCUUCCGUCAUAUGUCUGUACGUCUACCAUUCAUAUCCUUCGUGUUGGCACAUUCUGCGGUCGCUAUAAGCUUAUAACCCCCAUUUUAAUCAGCGUCUAGCUCUACGAAAGCAUAAUGCCAGGGCCGAUGUCGACGCCUGAUCCCAUCUCUCACGCUUCUGUAUCAUUAUUCAAUGAGUCUUAUAACUCAGUGCACCAGCCCUGUGUGUACUUCCUCACUUUGCGCGCUCUGCCUUCCACUGCCCCGUACGCGCCCAUGACGUCUGCCCGCUCAAUGUACGCCGCGCCGGAGUCUGGAUCCCCGAGUACGUCUUCAGCGCCAUCGGCGCUGACUGCGAAAAAUAAGGUUCAGAGAAAAUAUCGCAUCCCGCAGUUACUUCGCUCAACUUCAUACAUAUCCAAUACAUUGUCGGAUUUCUCCAUCUCCGUCUCUCUUUCUUCCCACCCCCGAACGAGUGCUAAAGCCUUUUCUGUCAUUUCUCAACUCGUGCAGCGUCGAAGGCAACAGUCGACGGACGCAUUUCUUGCAAGAGUCAUGCCCUCUCCUUCUGCUCAGUCUUUUUCAUCUCCUUGCCCAUUCUCCCCGGAGCAUCGUCUCCGCCAGCUCGAUAAACUUCAGCGCGUUCUCGGCGAGGAGAUACCUUUGGAGCUCGUCCUUGGGCCUUCAGCAUAUCCCAGCAGCAUCUCCUUGCCCUCUCAUUCUCCUACAUCGAGGUCCAUCUCCCAACCCCGACUGCCGGACAAUGCACCGCCUUCGCAUAACCCCGACGACCACAGCCACCUGCGUAGAAUGUCCUUUCAACCGGACACGCCACCGUCGCGUGCAGUUCCGGAACCAUGGCUAGCCCAUGCGCCGCCUUCGGAUAAUCCCAGACAUCCUAGACGACGGCAAAGUACAUCUUUGGCGCUGGGAAGUGAACCAUCCUCUCCUCUCGACCACCACCAUCGUUCGCAAUCCUCUCCGGCAUUUCAGCCUAUGCAUGCACAUGGUUUGAGACCAUCGCUUUCCAUCAGUACCCAGGAUUCUCCUGACAACGACCACACGAGCUUAAACUCAAUUCCUGCUUCUGUUCACAGCCAUUCAAAAUCAUCCCCCGCCGACCCGUUCUCUCCAACGUCAAUAUCGCCUGCAGAGUCCAGGCCAUUCAUGUCUCUCUCACAUAUAGAUUCAGAGUGCGGCUCGGGUGCGAUAGUGCCUAACGAAGCAAAUGAUACGCGUCAUCCACGCGAGCUUUCUUGGGACAUGUUUACGCCGACGUUUCCUCCACCGCGUCCGGACACGCCAUUUCUGUCUAGCUGCGUCGUGGAAGGCGAUGAUGGUGGGGACGAUGAGGUGCACCUGGGAAUUAAGAAGGAGCGCAGGCAGGGAUGGAGCGGGCAGUGGAAUUGCGAUGAUAUGAGGGAGGUUAUUCAACGAUUACGGGAUUUGCGAUAGUCGGACUUUUUUUGUUGAAGAUCCAUUUGCCUUCACUUUAUUUUGGGGUUCGUAUCGUCGUUUUAUGCGUCGUAUACUAUAGCCCGACCAUGUAUUACUAGGGUCGAUAAUCCUAAUUAUGUGUGCACAUGCCGCACUCCUAAUAUGUAUCUUGCUACCUCA